UUAUAACCAGAAGUCCCCAUUGAAAAAAACCCAAGAAGACCACAAUAGGAUGGCUUCAAUACUAAGAACUUUACAGCCCUACAACCAAUCCUUCGCACCAAACCCUUCUUCUUCUCUAAAACUCUCAAACGAAUUCAACCCAAAUCCCACAAUUCAACUCCAAACAGGUAACAUUAGCAGAAGAAAAGCAACAAUGGCAAGCCUUUCUACGGUUCUCUUAGCAAGAGAAACCAUUUUGAACCCAAAACUAGCUUAUGCUUUUGAUUUUAGAAUGGUAGCUCCUGAUCAAACUUUUGAAGAAGCAGAGAGUGAAAUUAAAGGCCAUGCUCAACAACUGUUAAAAGUGAAGACUCUGAUAGAUUCAGAAUCAUGGGAAGCAGCACAGAAGGAUCUCAGGAAAAGCUCUGGGAAACUGAAACAAGACAUCUACACCAUAAUCCAAGCCAAACCAGGAAGUGAAAGGCCUCUGCUGAGGAAACUCUACUCCAAUCUCUUCAACAAUGUUACAAAGUUGGAUUAUGCGGCCAGGAGUAAAGAUAUGACACGUGUUUUGGAGUGCUAUCAAAAUAUUGUUGUGACCCUUGAUGAUAUUUUAUCAAGACUAUAACUAAUAAACCCUUGUGGAAGCCUAACAUAAUGAAUAAAAAAAAUACAAAAAAAGUUA